UUUUGGCUGGAAGGCUGUACCUACGGGAGACCGCGCCAGCUCACCGCAGGGGAAAGUGGAGCCGGGGGGUUUCCACCCGCUCCCCAUCGUUCUGGAUUGUGGCCGGGGAGCCGGCCGGGGUUUGGGGAGGCCCAUCACGAGAUGUACCAGAGUUUAGCCAUGGCAGCUAACCCCGGCCCUCCGGCGUACGAGGGGGCAGGUGGCUUCAUGCACAGCGCGGCCGCAGCGUCCCCCGUCUAUGUGCCCACCACGAGGGUCACCUCCAUGCUUCCCAGCCUGCCGUACCUCCAGAGCAGCGGCUCUUCCCAGCAAGGCAGCCCCGUCUCCAGCCACUCCAUCUGGACUCAACCCGGAGCUGAAAGCGCCGCUUACAACCCGGGAUCUUCUCACCCUCCCGUGUCACCUCGGUUCUCCUUCUCCACCAGCACCCCCAUCCCUGCCACCUCUUCCCGGGAAGCCGCGGCGGCUUAUGGCACCUCCUUGAACCUUUCUGCUAACGGGAGGGAGCAGUACAGCAGGGGUUUCGGCAGCUCCUAUUCCAGCCCCUACCCGUCUUACAUGAGCCCCGAAAUGGCCACGACCUGGACUUCUUCACCCUUCGACAGCCCCAUGCUGCACAACCUGCAGAGCCGAGGGACGCCCGCAGCCGCCCGGCAUGCCAACAUAGCAGAAUUUUUUGAUGAUUAUUCAGAGGGGCGAGAAUGUGUCAACUGUGGGGCCAUGUCUACCCCGCUCUGGAGGAGAGAUGGCACAGGGCACUACCUCUGCAAUGCCUGCGGGCUCUACCACAAGAUGAACGGCAUCAACCGGCCCUUGUUCAAACCUCAGAGGAGGCUGUCGGCUUCCCGCCGCGUUGGCCUCUCUUGUGCCAACUGCCAGACGACGACAACCACGCUCUGGCGCAGAAACGCCGAGGGAGAGCCUGUCUGUAAUGCCUGCGGACUCUACAUGAAGCUCCACGGGGUCCCAAGGCCUUUAGCAAUGAGAAAAGAAGGCAUUCAGACGAGGAAGCGCAAGCCGAAGAACCUUAACAAAACAAAGACAUCAGCAGGUCCAUCCAGCAGUGAGAGUCUUACCCUGACCACCAGCUCCACCAGCAGCAGCAGCAGCAGCACCAUGACCACGGAGGAAAUGCGCCCCAUAAAAACAGAACCUGGGCUCUCAUCUCAUUAUGGGCACCCCAGCCCAAUUUCUCAGGCAUUCUCAGUCUCUGCCAUGUCUGGACAUGGGUCAUCUAUUCACCCUGCGAUUACAGCUCUGAAGCUUUCCCCACAGGCUUACCGGUCAGCUAUCAGCCAGUCUCCACAAACCAGCUCCAAACAGGACUCCUGGAACAGCCUGGUGUUAGCUGAAAACCAUGGGGACAUCAUAACUGCAUAACCUGGUCUUCCACCCCUGAACUUCAGGCUGAUCUGCUUGAGAGAUGAAGAAGAUGCCAUGUAAUCGUCAAGUCAAUGUUGUUUCCCACUUCCCUUUCUUUCCUGUCUUCUCUCCCCUUGUGAGAUGUUCCAGCAAAGAGGUAAAGAGGACUUAUCUGAGGUGUAGGAGAGCUCUUUUGAAACUAACAGAGAAGACUCAAAUCUCAAAGUAACUAAUGGAUUUGAAGCCUUUUUUCCCCACUUUAAAUGAGCCUCUCUAUUUGAUUGUCACCACCUUCUAUGAAAUAGCCAGAGACACAAAGAUGGACACAGUACUCGAAUUUUGCUUAUUUAAAAAUAUCUGGCAUUUAAGACUCAAAGGUGGAGCAAAGACACUUUGUAUUAGUCACCAUCUGUUCUUUUCCUGACCAGAAGAAAAUGCCACCAUCUUCUCAUUACCCAAAUUCAGUGAUCUUCCACCCAAAUGGAGCCAGCUCCAGAACAGACUUCACUAGACAUGCCCUAGUGGCUUUAGUGGAUUUGAUAUGAUCUAGGGCAGAGAAAAAAAAGAGACCCUCCCGCACACACAUCCUCAGCUCACACAUCUAGAGCGUUGUCUUCAUUUUCCUAGAUGGUCUGAAAAGCUAAUGAAUGUCCGUAUUUAAUAGUAACUCCUUUGCUAUUUAUCGUUAUGAAAUCAUGGGACUGUGUUUUCAACAGUUUGUUGGCUAAGCCUGGAGAAGGUCUGUCCAAAAUCAAAGAGGGAUUUUGGAAGGAAGAAGCUUCUGGAAGCAGGUAGAGGAGCCCCCGUUGGUUAUCAAAUCCUGGAGGAAACUGCUGGAUUCUUCCCUUAUGGAUAGCUACAAACCAGGCUGAGAGAUUAUUCAAGAGCACAGCAAACGAAAGAUGCUCUUCUAAUGCUGCUGUGUCAUUGCUUUUGAGACAGUUAAUUUAAGUCUUUUGCAUACUUCUAUGUUGGUUUUGAUGUCAUUGAUGAAAUCUGAUUGUCCUUUUUUUUUGGCUGUACUGUGAGUGCCCACUUUCCCCCUAACAACUGCCUCAUGACCAUUUCACACAUCCAACCCUCUAAGAUUCCACCUUUUGCAAACAAGCAAAGGCUUCAGUCUCUAAUGGAGGUAGGCAGGGGCUGUUUUCUCUAUCAAGCCUGUGCAUAGACUUGCUUGCCUGCAAGAGAAGCAUAACUCCAUUCAUGCAUGAAUAUUAAACAAGACUCCUGUUUUUUCUUGCCCAUAAGGCUCUCAGCAACCAGGGAAUCGUAGCAAAUGGAGUUGGAAGACAUGAUGAGAGUUCACUGACUCAUUCUCUUUUCCUAAAGGGAUCAAUUCUACCUAACUUAACCCUGACAGCUCUUCCUCUAGCAUGUGCUUAACAAACUCCAGUGCUGCAGAUGCCACAGCUCCCCUGUGCAGCCUAAGGGCUUCUCCAGAUGCUUGCCAUGGUGUUUUCAUCA